AUGGAAGAAGGUUUUAAUGAUGAUAAAGCAAAUGAACAAGAGUUGAAAGGAGUGUUACCUGGGGAUGAAGUUAAAAAACCUGUGGUUGGAAUGGUUUUUUGUUCUGAAGAACAAGUUCGUAGUUAUUAUAACAACUAUGCUAGGAGUCAAGGUUUUGGUGUAAUAAAAGUCAGUGCAAAGAAUGGAAGUGACGGAAAAUCAAGGAAAUUUUCACUUGCAUGCGCUCAGUAUGGAAAGCAAAAAUCAAUCGCAAGAGACACUUUUCACCCAAGGCCAUUAAUUAAGACUAAUUGCAAGGCUAAAAUCAACGUUACAGCUAAAGAUGAUGGAAAAUUCAUAAUUGCUCGUGUUUACCUCGACCAUAAUCAUGCAUUAAGUCCAACAAAGGUACGACACUUUAGGUGUAACAAGGCAUUAGAUCCUCAUGUCAAAAGAUUGGAAUUAAAUGACUUAGCGGGUAUAAAGUUGAAUAAGAAUUUUCAUUCAGCUGUUGUUGAGGCCGGUGGGUAUGAAAAUUUGCCAUUUGGUGAAAAGGAGUGUAGGAAUUACAUUGCAAAAGCAAGACGACUCCGACUUGGGAUUGGUAGCCCUUCGUAA